AUGGACUCGUCUAUAGGCCGGCCAGCGCUGGCCGAGGUCCAGCAAGUCCGGGUCAAUUUCACAACGACGUCGCCAGAUUUACAAUUACCAGAAGGCCGAACCCAAUUGCUUGUCCCAGCAGAUAUAAAACGAUAUGGCCUCUCCCGCGUCCUCAACUCCGAGUCCAUGCUCAACACCUCCUCGCCCAUCCCCUUCGACUUUCUCAUCAACGGCAGCUUCCUGCGCACCUCGCUCGAGGACUACCUCAAGGCCAACGGGCUCUCUGCCGAAUCCACAGUCACCCUGCAGUACGUCCGCAGCCUGAUACCCCCCGUCUUCCAAGCCAGCUUCGAGCAUGACGACUGGGUCAGCGACGUCGACGUCCUGUCCGACACCUCGCGCGCCGGUCUCUGGAGCCCCGACAACAAGUUCGUCACCGGCCAGGACCGCAUCCUCUCCGCCUCGUACGACGGCCUCCUAAGGAUAUGGAGCAAGUCCGGAAACGUGAUCGCCACGUCCCCCUCCGGCAGCCUCGGCGGCCACACCGCCAGCGUCAAGUCCGCCAAGUUCCUCUCCGCCUCGCAGAUCGCGUCCGCCGGGCUCGACCGCACGGUGCGCAUAUGGAAGUACACCGAGGCCGACGACUUCCUCUCCGGCACCCUGAAACCGUCCCUCGAGCUGUACGGCCACAAGGCGGCCAUCGAGGCCAUCGACGUCCACGGCCCGUCCGGUCGCGUCCUGAGCGCUGCGAGCGACGGCACCAUCGGUCUGUGGACGACGUCCAAGUCCAGCGCCCCCGCGGCCCCCGCGGCCCUCCUCCCCGGCGCCAGUAUCGCCUCCGCCUCCAAGAAGCGCAAGAUCGCCUCGUCCUCGCAAGCGCCCCAGCGCGGGGCCCUAUCCCUCACGCAGCCGCACACGUCGGGCGCGUCCGCGGCCAUCUUCGACCCGGCGGACGCGACGGUCGCGUACACGGCGUCUCAGGACCACACCAUCCGCACCAUCGACCUGACGACGAGCAAGGUCGAGAACGUGAUCACGACCUCCCACCCCCUGCUCUCCCUCUGCGCCAUCCGCCGCGCGGGGAGCUCCGCGCUCCUCGCGGCCGGCACGUCGGCGCGGCACAUCACGCUGGCGGACCCGCGGGCCGGCGCGGCCGCGACCUCAGUGAUGACGCUGCGCGGGCACCGCAACAUGGUGGCGGGGCUCGCGCCGUCGCCCGACAACGAGUACAGCCUCGUGUCGGCGUCGCACGACGGCACGUGCCGCGUCUGGGACCUGCGGGGCGCGCGGGCGGGGACGCGGGCCGAGGGGGGCGGCGCGGUGAGCGAGUCCGUCUACGUAAUUGAGCGGGAGAGUCUGAAGGGGAGAAGUGGUGGUGGCGCAAGUGCAAGUGAUGUCCCGGGUAGAGGCGCAAAGGUGUUUGGGGUCGCGUGGGAUCGGAGCUGGGGGAUUGUGAGCGGAGGCGAGGAUAGGAUGGUGCAGGUUAAUAGGGGGAGGGAUUUACUUGCUGCUGAUUAG